CUCACACUCUCCGUCAAAACAAAUCUUGGGAACAGAGUGUGACAGUUGGGGUUAAGUUCGCCUGGGAUCUUUUAUUUUGAGUGAAAAUGUUAGUUUCCCGGAUCUUUCCUUUAAGGACGAUACGUGCACAAUAUUCAGUUGCACUUGUUCGAAAUAAUUCAACUCAAACCGAUCCAGAACACAUUUCCAUUCCAAAGAGGAUUCAUCGAAGCCCCACUGACAUCCUGAACGCCCUUUCGAAGACCGUGGGCCAGGACCCUACUGCCGCGCAUUAUAAAUACCAUGACGACCCCUAUUUGAUCCCGCAGUCAAAUCUGCAGAAGCGAAUUUACGCUAUGGCACAGGAAUCUGGACGGAAGGCCGCGCGCUGGCUGCGACAGGAGCACCGGGAACUUUUCCAACACUCGGAAGCUGAUCCUCCCAUCAAAGCCUUUUAUCCAAAAAUGGUGUUCACCGAGGAAUCGGAAGUGGACGAAAAGUGCUUGGAAGGACUCAUCUACGAUUCAGAAGUGACGGACGCAACUUUCGUGUACACUUUGAUGCAGACAAAAGGCAUGCCCGUCUCUGAUAGCUUAAAGCAGUCACUCCUCGAGUUGCUCUGCUUCUUCAACCACACGGAGCCCCUUUCGCCCGAAUUGAUAGAAGAGCGCUGGUUUCAGCAGAGCCUGCAAGGCAAGGAGCGCCAGCGCAAGACCUGGAAAGAUGGGGAGCUGGCCGAGCUAUUAUUCACUGAACUUGAGCCUAAAACCUCGCGAACAUAUGCAGCCAUUAUUCGCGGGAUGUGCAAAUACUUCCAAGUAGAGCGAGCCUACGCUCUGUUCCAAGAAGCAUAUGAGAAGCAAAUCGAACUCGACGUCGAGACAUAUAACUCGAUCAUCUCAAUCACGAAUUUCCUGAAAGAAGCCGCUGAGCCCCGCUGGGAACUAUGCCAGGACCUUCUGAACAAAAUGAACGCACAAGGGCUUUGUCCUAAUCUGGGAACGAUGAAUGCUUUAUUGAGCUCGAUCUCGAGUAUUGGAAAUUUCCGGCUGGCGCGGGGUGUAUGUCUACAGGUUCUCGGUGAGUUCAAAGAGCUAGGAGUGGAACCUUCAUUAGCCUCCUGGUAUUAUGUGUUAACUACAUUCUGCCGCGAGCGGGGUCCAGUUUCUCAUGUCCUAGUCGACAUCCUCAACGAAAUUGAAGGCAAAGAGUUCACAAUUCGUGACCCUAAAGACACAUACUUUUUUGUCACGGCUAUGGACGUAUCACGCAAUCACCUUCACGAUAAACACACAGCAAAGCGGAUCGAUAAGUUGCUACACCACGGAAAGAACUACGAUCUAAUCGGGGACUCGUACAAGGAAUCGAUCUAUUACCGUCAUUUGUUCGCCUUGCUAUGCCAUACUGAACCGCUCGAAGAAUUCAUGAAGACCUACGACUUGCUGGUGCCGAACGUUUACACCCCUGAACCAGGAAUCAUGGAAGAGGUCGUGCGAGCGGUUGAGACUAACGGCGCAUUGGAGUAUAUCCCCAGACUGUGGUCUGAUAUGAUUAUCUUCGACCAUACGAGCCGCGAAAGUCUUGUCAAUCUAGUCUUGAAAAUCAUCACGGAAAACAGACCGAGCGCUGACAUCCCAACACAUCAGGACUUGGAGGAACGCUUCAACACGAUAGCUUGGGAUGUUUACACAAAGAUCGACGAACAGUCUGGGGCACGCACGCAGCGAAUGAGCUUUACCGGACAAAUGUUGGGAAACAUUCUUUCCGUGCUGAGUAGAGGAAAGGAGUUUGAGAAGGCGAAGACGGUUUUCAAAAAAUUGGACAAGAGCCAACACCAAAUAGCUGGAACGCCCUCGUAUACGUCAAUGGUGGAAUAUGUCGACCUUUGCGUGGCGGAAAAGUCGCCGACCGAAGCGUUAGACUGUUUAGAGUAUUGCAUUGAAAACGGACUGGACAACGUGGCGUUGGCGCGAAAGAUCAAAGAAGGAUUCACAUUAAGCGAGAUGCAUAUAGCCAAACUAAAAAAUUUAGUUGGGGACGAUAUAUUGAAAGAAUAGGCGACUCGGGUGGUUAGAGUAUUGUAAUUUAGUGUUAAAUAAAGUUUGUUAUUUGAUAAA